CUGGGCGGAGCGACCGGCCUUGUGAGCGCGGGUGAGGUUAGAGUGGCCCGGGAAGUGAAAGUGAGGACGAGCGCGGAACCGAUACAGGAGCUAAAACGUCAAGCAGAAGACGUAUGACACAGUGGCAGCUCUGCGCUCGAGCGGACGAGACGAUUGACGAGUGGCCUGCUCGUGGCGCGAGUACCAGCGGCUCUGUCGGACGCACAGUUGGAUGUUGCUAGCGCUUUGGGCCGGAGUACCAAUUUCGAAGGCUUCAUGAACCCAUUCACCAACGCCCAGUCUCAGAGUGCGGUAUCAAGUCCAGACUAGGGGGCUCGCGAAAAUUGAUUGGCUCCGAAAAAGCAACGGCAUCCAGUUUAACAGGAUGUCCUAGCCGCCCAGAGACCAUGCCGGGCAACAGGGAGGCGGCCGCGGCGUCGCCCGCCCAGGACCCCUCCAGCCCGACCGCCACCAGCCCCGCCCCAGACAGGAUGGAGGCGCAGCGCAGGCUCAGCACAUCCUCGGACGCGUCCUCGUCGGGGCACAACGACUCGCAUAAGCUUGACUCAACGAUGGACUAUAUCCCGACCAGGAUGACGAAGGUCUCUACUCCUAAACCGGCUGCCAAUCCCUUGCAGUUUGUCAAAGUGGGACCAUGUGACCUCUUUAAAUCUGCUCAAGAAACUCUUAAAAAAGUGGAAGAAGUAAAAAAGUUAAAAAGAGAAGUCAGAGAUGAAGCAGAAGACUGGCAAUCGAACCUAGACAAUUGGAAAUGUAGUCGAAGAAAGCGAGUUGAACACAUAAUUGACAGGGUUGUGGAAGUUAAGAAGUUUGAACUGGAGGAGCAUGAACGAAACCGACGUAAAGCUAAAACUUUUAACGAAAUGAUGGAGGAGAGAACGUCACGGGGGAGGAAAAUGAGUCUUCUAGUUCACAAAGAUGAUGAUUCAAAUGAUCUAAGUGAUCUUGGCAUUGGUACCAGCAGUGAUAAAAGUAGUGUCAGUGAAGAUUAUGGAAAUGAUGACAGCAAUAGUGUGGAGGAUGGAGAUGUCUCUGUUAAAAUUCACUUUAGUGACCAAAAUGGAGAUAGUGAACCCAGUGGCAAAUUAAAGAAUCAUAAUGGACGUCGUGAUGAAGUCUCAGAACUUGAGGAGUACACUUAUGACCGAGCCAUUCAAGGCUAUGUUAAUUUUACUGAGACUCGGGUCAAGUCAAGGAAUGCUAACCAAAUCUCCAGGUCAGAAAGUGAAUGUGUUGAGGAAACAUCAGAGGAAAUGGCAGCCUGCUCAUUUACACAAAUUGAAUCUGCUGCUCCUGUUCGGAAACCUAGAAACGAUUCAAAAGUAGAGGAAGAUAUUGCUGAGAUUGAAAGACUUCAAUCAGAUAAUAUAUCAUCAAGUGAUUUACAAAGUCCUGAAAAGAAGGUCAAUGUUCCUAAAGUCAACAUAUUAAAGAGAAAAGAAUUAUUUGAACGGUCAGAAUCAAGUGAAUUAAAUGAACAUUUAAAAGUUGCCCCUCGUGCAGCUGGUGAUUUUCUCAAUUCUAAGAGCAUUCGUGAUCGUGUUUCAAACCUUGAAAGACAAAAGAGUGAAGAACAAUCAGAAAAAAUGAAACAAGUGAAGCAACUUUCAAGUGAGAUUUCUGUCAAGGACAGACUAUCACGGCUUGAAAGACAACAGUCUUCUGACAGUGAACUAAGGUCUUGUAGUAACUCCAACCUUCCUAUUCUUGGUUCUUCUGGAGAUGUGGUUGUAUCUCCCCCUCCUUCAAUAAAGGAUCGGCUCAGCAGCUUAGAACAAGUGGCAUCACAUGACAGAACAUCAAAGACGGUUGCUGAAAUAACUCCAGCUUCGAUAAAAAAUCGUUUGUCAGAGCUUGAAGCGCCUAAAGAGCCUUUGAAGAAAGUAACACCUGUUAAAGACCCUUCUUUCCGUGAUAAGUUGGCAAAUUUUCGCAGCAGUGAACUAGACUUAAACUGUCAAGAAGCUCAGAAAUCAAACAGCUCAUUUGUGGACUCUUCUGCAAGAAAUUCAAACACUACUGAAAGUGAAUUCUAUCACAAAAGAACAUUCCAUAGAUCCUUAGACAGUUUGGAUGUAGAUUCAUCAAGUCUUUUAAAUAACGAGCGUUAUGAAAGAGUCCAAAGCUUAGAAGAUCUUGACAGCUGUGGUCCUAAUAGAAAUUAUCCUGCAUCAGCUUCAUCAAAUGAGAAUCUAGUUCUCUCUUCACACAGUGGAGACACAGACAGAGAAGACAGUGGUAUUCAUACUGCUGAUGUCUCAUGUUCAGUAAGUCAGGCUGAUGAACCUGCAGAUUUUUCUGAUGUUCCCUGUACAAAUAUGCUUGAUGGAAAUUAUGAAAACGAAAGGAACAAUGAGUAUGCUCCUCCCACUAUUGUCAGCCAGCUUGCUAAAAUUAAUCUGACCAGCGAAACUCCACACAAAAAUGUUCCACCUCAGCCUGAAGCUGUAAGUUCUGGAGCUGGUUCCCCUACUCACUCACAGGUGUUGGUUGAUUCAUCUAAUUUAUUAUCACCAGCCUUUAAUUCUGACUUGGCUCCUUCUACUAAAAUGUUUUCUGUCCAGCACUCUUGUCUUCCAACAAUUCCUGAGGUUUGCCAUGACUGUCCACCUGUGGUGCUCGUAUCAGAUGCUGAAUCUAUGACUCCUGCUUGUAUCGAACCUGUUUCUUCAUCUUUAAUGACUUUGCCUCUUGACGUUGAAGAUCUUUCUGGGUGCACUGACUCAAUCAACUUAGAAAUUAAGGAAAAUCUAAUCCCUGAGGAUGUGGUGAUGGCGCCAACUAACACUGAUGAGAAUAGUACUUUAGUACCAAAUGAAUGUCCAUUCAUGCCUUAUACUAGUCCUAAUGAAUCAAACUUAUCAUGUGGUGGGGAGGUUGAGUGUCUUCUUGUCUUCAACAACUCUGGUGCUCAGCAAAGUUGCCACAAAUCCAUUCAAGAGGAAGAUAAGCUAACUAAUAAUGUCUCAGAGAUGGUCGUGAUGAAGACCUCUGGUGAUAGUGAUGAGAGUUCCGCUUUUGAUAAGGCUCCUAUACCAUACAGUCGAAGUGGAAAACCAGGAGGGGCUCAAUCUUCUGCUUCUGAAGAACUGUUGUCACUCACAUCAGCCGAAACUGAUAUUGAUGUUAGCUCAUUUCUUGACCAAGCUCUAAUGGAAGAGGAUCUGAAAAUGGAACCAGUAUAUAGCAGAGUUGAUCCAGAACAAAAACAUGAUGGUUUGGAUCCAAAGCAGUUGCUCCAGUUCAUUGCAAAAAAAGAUAUUUGCCGCAACAAUCAGCCUCAGGAUGUAGCUGUCUUACCCUUAGCUUUUCCUCUUACAUCCUCAAUGACAGCUGAGCCUCCCAAAGAAAAACCACCUCCACCUCCAAUUGAGCUCAGUGAUGAAGAAGACCCAAAGCGGAACAUUAUGGCAUCGAAUUUUAACAGUAACAACAACAGUACGAAUUUGACUCGACAUGGCUCGACCAAAAGACUAAUUAAAGAUAUUCGUCAAAAGAGAUCUGACUUUUUGGGCAUUGAUGGAGGCAAUGAGGAAAACUACCUUGAUUGUGAGUUGAAAGUAGCCCCCCCACCAGAUAUGACUUCAUUCCUUCAAGAGGAACGCAGACUUGAACAAGAACUUUACCGACAGAUGCAACCAACUUUAUACCCUGAGUCUGACCAUGGUUCUAACCAAGGAGAAAGUAGGGAUUCGGGGGUUGAGCUUGAUAACCAUCUAAACUCUCACAGUCUCCACAUGGACUAUUCACCUGAAGGGCAUGGAUUUGAGGAACAUAGCCAUCAAAAUAAUGAUCUAUUCGGGAACACAAGCUCAACUACAGAAGAAGAUGAAAUUAUGAAGAAGGAAAGAGAAAUAAUUGAAAUGCUAGAAAAAGAGGAACAGUGGCGUUAUGGUACUAAUACCAUACUUUCACCAAGUGACCAUCAUCAAGUUGGAGAGAAACUCGCAGCAAAAUUAAGAGAACUUGAACAAGAGAAGUUACGUCUUGAAUGGGAGCGGGCUGAAGAGUCACGAAAAGUUGCUGCUGAACAAGCUGCACGUCAAGAAGAUCAGAGACGCAUUAGAGCCAAAGAAGAACAGCUCAGACAACAAGAGAGUAUUGUUGGUAGGCUCCCUGCUGGUGUACCAUUCAACUGCAACCCUUCAGAAAUGAAUUUGGAUGCACUUAGAGAGGAGCGUCAACGUUUGAAACAAGAGCAGGCUGAACUUGAAAGGCAGAGGGAAUAUCUCUCUGCUAAUCAAAGCUGGGACUCAUCAUCUUCUGCUGCUCACCGAUCUCUGCAGGAUGUCUCUGCUCCUCACAGGGCUGGAAGCCACAAUCAGCUAAAUGUUCCAAACAGUAGCACUUCUUUAAACUGUCGUCUCUCCCUGCCUGACCUUCAACAGUCAGACCUAACGGUCCAAUCUAUGAACAUUAAUCAUCAUAGACCCCCUCCUCCAAUCCCCUUAUCUAAACCCUUAUCUAUUGUUGAUCAAGAAAGGCAUGGUGUGAAUGGCUUUUCAAGGCAAGGACAGCUGCAAUUGUCGUCUGAUUCUAUCCCAAUGGUUGAGUCACAUCACCAUCGACAUAAUGCAGUUGGUUUGCCAUCUGUACCUGUUGCGACCUCUCCUACAUCAUCAACAGGAAGUCAGCAGAUGACUCGUCAAACACUUCAUGCUCUGAGCGCGGCACCAAGAAGUAGGAUUAUUGCCACAGACACUUGGGUUCAAGCAAAACGUAAACCAGAAAGCCAGCGAAACAGCAACCGCGACCAUUAUCAACAUUGGCUUAUACAGGAGGCAGAGCACAGACGUAUUACUGAACAGCAACAACGAAAUGCUGUUUCACGAAAGUCAUUACCUGCCAACUUAUCACAAAAUCAAAAUCCUCAAUCCAAACCAACAUCUGUUCAACCCAAUGGGCAACCAUCAUGGCAGUACCAGCAUUCUCAGCAUCAGCACAGCAUGCAUCAGCAUCAACUCCCACUGCACAAUCAUCUUCAACAUUCACAUAUCCCAGUUCCAACAGCUGCUCCAACUGUACCACCACCUCCUAGACAAGAAAAACCAUUGCCUGAUGCAAUUAUUCAAACACUAACUCAACGUGUGCAGAACAGAGCUAGUAUGAAUGAAAACAAUCGAAGACAUGAAAACAGCCCUGCGCGCGACAGCCGCCCCCCAAAUCAGACUGUAUCUAACAAUAUCAACAACAAUCUUAGUAAUAUGAAUAUGAGUCAUAGUCACACUAAUGGCAAUUAUGCAGCUAAUUCUCAAGAAAAAAUGCUUAGUGUUAGUGGGAAAAAGAAAUGUUCACAUUGUAAUGAAGAAUUAGGGAGAGGUGCAGCAAUGAUUAUUGAAAGUUUGCGGCUCUUCUAUCACAUGGACUGCUUCAAGUGUUGUGUCUGCCAUGUUCAACUUGGCGAUGGCCUCAUGGGUACAGAUGUUAGGGUGCGAAACCACAAAUUGCACUGUCACAACUGUUAUUCCAGUGAUGAUGGAGUUAAAUUUAGUUGUGUGUAGUCUUUUAAUAUUUUUAAAGAUUGAACUUGAAGAAACGUAAUAGUCAGAGUCUGUUAGGACUCCUUUUUCUAUUUAAGAUAUGUAGAUGUAAAUUCUUGUGAUGUGUUCUGCUUGAGGGAGAGCAGAACCCAGUGUGCCUGGAAGUGAAAUGUCUUAUGACUGCAUCUUAAUGCGAUUGCUCAUGAAAGUUUUUCUCAAGCCGGAAAAACUUAAUUUCUGACAGAUUAUUCUUUAUACCUUUUUACUUUGUAGAGAGAAACGGGUUUCUUCAGGCAGACAAAUUUUAUGGCUUUAAGAAAAUUUUGUACAUAAAUGCUGUGUUGCCAAAUUCAAUCUGCUUUUCAACAUUCGUUAAGUUUAAACAGACCCAAAGUCAGCCUUUAGUGAGUGGUGUGUUGAUGUGUGUGUUGUACAGCUUACAGUUGUAAGCUAAGAGUGAAUGAUCCUGAUCCAUUAUGUACUAAAAAGCCCAAUUAUAUUGUUUUCCCUGUGAGGGAAUGUACUAAAUCUACUCUUGUUUGUGAUUUUUGUGUAUAUGUAUAUUAGAAUUUGUACAUAUUUUGUGUAAAAUAUUGUAUCUUAACAUUGAAGGAAUUGAGUCAACCUACCAUUAUGAUAAAUAUGGCAGAACCCAUGUUGUACUGCAAAGGCAAGUUAAAUACACCACUUAAAAUUAUAGCCAAAGUUUGUUUAUGCUUUUUCAUCAGAUCAACUUGUAAGUGAUAAAUAGAACUUGUUCGCCAGUAGCUUUAUUUAUUUCUAAAUUAUCUGGAAAGAAAUAUAUUGUUAUAAAUUUGUUAUAAAUUAGUUUUUUAAUAUGUAUGUUAAAUCUUCAAUGGUAUAUAUUAUACAAGAGUCCUCAAAAGUCCUUAAAUGAUAUACUUAAACUGAAAAAAGCUUGGAGUUUGAAACUGUUUCUGCAUUGUCGAAACUUUAGAAGAUCAAACUGUGAGCGUUGUGCUUCUGUUUAAUUCACAGUCCAGUUAGUCAUACUUGUCCACUCCACUAAGAGGUAGUUUCCCACAAAUAAAGGGAAACAAUCAACUCGUUCCUUUCUGACAAUACUGAACUGUUCAAGUAUUGAUUUAAAAUCAUGUAAGUCAGCUUACCUUUUCUUUAAAUCAAAAAUUUAGAUAUUUGCUUUUUCAACACCCUGAACCAGCCUUUAUUUUACCAUAACGUGAAAGUAGGUACUGACGCUUGUUUUGUUUUUAUUAUUAAUAAUCCAGUAUUUAACCAGAGUCCUAGGAUCAAAUUACAAGAAGUCCUCUUGUUAACCAAAUAGAAUCUGUAGAUAUGCAACAUAUACUCAACUGUAAAUGAUCUGUAGUAAUGUAGCAAUCCUACAAUGAACUGUAUAUCUAUAACAAUAAAGAGUGCUCUUGGCUCAAACAA